AUGGAAAUGAAGAUGGACAAGUUUUUUGAGCGAAUAAAAGAUUUAGUUUUUCAAUCAAAAGAUAGUCCAUCUACCCGUGCUACUUAUGACGGAACAAUUGUUGAUGAAGAGGUUGAUUUGGAGAAUAAUCAGCAGGAUACAGAGACCGCUCGAACAGUAGAUGAUGUUGAAGAAAAGGUGGGAGUUCAUGAUGACGUCGGCUUGGAGAUGAGGGCAAAAGAUAAAAUUGUCUUGGUUGAAGACAAAUUUUCUGAGGAGGUUGUCUCAUCAAAGAAGAAUGAACAUGGAUUCGAUACCAGGCACCAGAAGAAAAGAAAGGCCGCCGUCCGACUUACUCCGUGGAGGAAUCCCGGAAAAAGACAAAAAAUUCCAACUGUGACGAAGUACGACCCUCAUAGGACACUGGAUGAAGCUAAACAUGAGGAUUUAAAGGUGUGGUUGGUGAAUUCCCCUGAAAGGUAUGUAUUUGCGUUAAGUUAA